GAAGCAGACGAUCCAAUCGUGGCAUCCCGACCCCCUGGGCAAUCUGAUCACCCUCCUGCACCUCCAGCCAAUGUGCUAGACGAUCUGGAGGAUUAUUUCCAGCGCCUCGACGCGCGCCGGUCUGAACUGGAAGCUGGUCUCGGCGAGAAUUUGGAGGAAUCUGCAGUCCCGUCGGUGGAGCGCUUCAACGACGCUGACUUUAGAAAGCUUGUCCGGUGGCGGGGCACUGAAGCAGCCGAGUGUGCGAUUUGUUUGUCAUCCCUCUCUCCCGACGAGGAUGGUUUACAACUCCCUUGUGCUGCACGCCACACUUUCCACGAAGAUUGUGUUCGAUCGUGGCUGUCGCGGAACGUGACCUGCCCGCUUUGCCGCGUUGAUGUUCGUGCCAUUGUCCGGAGACGCGGCCAAACGCAGGAAUCCGGGCUGUCAGUUGGCAACGAGUCCCAAGAUUCGCCCCGAGCCUUCGGCUACACCAGAGAUGGAGGUGUUAUCCUGCGCUACGAUCCGAGGCCACCACCGGAGUUGCCGCGGCCACUGUACAUACCUUUCGACCUUCACCACACAGCUGAACUAGUGGAAAUUCAAUAUCCAGACAGGGGAACGGCUCGUGUUUGGCGAGUUCCGCGAAAUCAGUAA